AUGGGCUGCUUUUGUGCUUUGUCUUUCGUUCUUGUUUUGCUAACUCUGCAUGCAUGUCAUGCACGUAACGUGCCGAAGGAACAUGCAAUGCAAGCCGAUGCACUGACGGAGGAUUCAGCCAAGGGUAAUGGCGUUAAUGACGGAAAGAAUGUUGUUUACGGAGGUGGAGUUGGUGGGUUUGCUGGGAUGGGGGGCGCUGCUGGGGUGACGGGGGGUCUCGGUGGGAUCGGGAAAGUUGGUGGCGUUGGCGGUGCUGCUGGAUUAGGUGGUUAUAAAUGCAUCGGCGGAUUAGGCGGUUUGGGCGGCGGAGUUGGAGGUGUAGGUGGUUUAGGAGGCGGGGUUGGUGGUCUAGGCGGCUUAGGCGGCGGAGUUGGCGGUUUAGGAGGCGGAACUGGCGGAGGAGUUGGGGGAGUAGGUGGUCUAGGCGGCCGAACUGGUGGCGGAGUUGGGGGUCUAGAUGGUGGUGGUUGUCCCGGAACAGGCGGUUUAGGCGGCGGUGGUUGUCCCGGAACAGGCGGUUUAAGUAAAGCAGAAGGUGUAGAUGGACAUGGGAAUGGUGGUUCAACAAGCAAUACCAUAAAGCCAUCUCCUUGA